UCAAGUGCUGUACAUUACGUGAGAUCAGCCUUCUUCCAAACUUUCAUGCCUCCUCACUGCCUUCAGAUUAAAAAAACCGUAUAAAAACCGAACCAAAGAAACCCUAGGUUGGUUUCCUCAAUUCUUCUAACCAAAGAAACCCUGGCUGUAUUCUUCUUCUUCUUCUUCUUCUUCUUCUUCCCUUUCUCAAUACAAGGUAAGGAUUUACAGAUUCAGUCCAUUUAUAUUGAAUUCAUUACAUCUCACUGUAAUCCUUUUUUGCGAACAACAUUAAAAAGAAGAAGAAGAGUAACCUAGUCAAUUUCUCAACAUUUUCUUUUCAAUUCUUUGUUAGUUUUGAGGGACUGAUUAAUUAAUCAGUUUACGAAGUCUUUGGACUUGCGAAAGAACACGAAAACAACAAAGAUUCAAUCUCAUUAAGUUGUUUUUCAAGGUAAUCUGAGUGAGGUUUUAAAAGGGUUUCUUUUUUAGAGUCCUUGCAAUCUCAGAAUUUCCAUGGACGAUCUUGAAAAGGCAAUAGUCAUCAGCUUCGAUGAAUCAGGGACAACCGAUUCGGUACUGAAAUCACAGGCAGUUGCUUUUUGUCAGCAAAUUAAGGAGAACCCAUCUAUAUGUAGUAUAUGUAUUGAACGUUUGUGCUUUUCUAAACUAGUUCAAGUCCAGUUCUGGUGCUUACAGUGUCUACAUGAUGUGAUUCGUGUUCGGUACUCGUCAGUGAGUCCAGAAGAGAAAUCUUUCAUUCGGAGGUCGGUGUUUUCAGUCGCAUGUUUUGGGGGGAUUGAUGAUAAGAACUCCGUUAGGGUUUUGGAAAGUCCUGCAUUUAUCAAGAACAAGCUUGCUCAGAUUCUUGUUACUUUAAUUUACUUUGAGUACCCUCUAAUUUGGCCUUCGGUUUUCGUUGAUUUCCUCCCUCACCUGAGCAAAGGUGCGUUGGUUAUAGAUAUGUUUUGUCGGGUUUUGAAUGCAUUGGAUGACGAGUUGAUCAGUUCGGACUAUCCACGAAAUGCUGAAGAAUUGGCUACUGCUGCUCGAGUUAAGGAUGCAAUAAGGCAGCAAUGUGUCGCCCAGAUCGUUAGAUCGUGGUAUGAUAUUGUCUCUAUGUAUAAAAGUUCUAAUCCAGAACUAUGUACUAGUGUUUUACAUUCAAUGAGGAGAUAUGUUUCUUGGAUUGACAUUGGGUUGAUUGUGAAUGAUGCUUUUAUUCCACUUUUAUUUGAGCUAAUUUUGGUCGACGGAAUGCUGGAUCAACUCCGGGGUGCUGCUACCGGUUGUGUCCUUGCGGUAGUUUCUAAGCGAAUGGAUCCACAAUCCAAACUUUCCCUUCUGCAGAGCCUUCAGAUAAGUAGGGUUUUUGGUUUAGUAGCUGAGAACAAUGAUUCUGAGUUGGUUUCAGAAGUAGCUGCAUUACUCACAGGAUACGCCACUGAGGUCCUGGAUUGCUUCAAGUGUUUGAGUUCUGAGGAUGCUAAGGGAGUUUCAAUGGAGCUUCUGGAUGAGGUUUUGCCAUCGGUUUUUUACGUAAUGCAAAAUUGUGAGGUCGAUAUGGCAUUCAAUAUAGUGCAGUUCCUUUCAUGUUAUGUUGCCACAAUGAAGAGUGCCUCUCUACUGAGAGAGAAACAACUGCUUCAUGUGGGUCAGAUAUUGGAAGUGAUUCGUGCACAGAUAUGCUAUGAUCCUAUUUAUCGUGAUAAUCUUGACAAGAUGGAUGAGAUUGGGAGAGAAGAGGAGGACAGGAUGGCAGAGUUCCGGAAGGAUCUGUUUGUGUUGCUUCGUAAUGUGGGUCGUGUAGCACCUGAUGUUACCCAGAUAUUUAUCAGAAAUUCAUUAGCUAACGUUGCAUCUUAUGCUGAUAGGAAUGUUGAAGAGGUAGAAGCUGCACUCUCUCUUUUCUAUGCACUUGGAGAGUCAAUAAGUGAUGAGGUGAUGAGAACUGGAAAUGGUCUCCUGGGAGAACUGAUGCCUUUGCUCUUGUCAACUAGGUUUCCUUGUCAUUCUAAUAGGAUUGUAGCUCUUGUAUAUUUGGAAACAAUAACAAGAUACAUGAAGUUUCUUCAGGAGAAUACUGAAUAUAUACCUAUGGUUCUAGCUGCCUUUCUUGACGAAAGAGGUAUACACCAUCCAAAUGCCAAUGUAAGUAGAAGGGCAAGUUAUCUUUUCAUGAGGGUUGUGAAAUUGCUCAAAUCAAAGCUUGUGCCUUUCAUAGAGACAAUUUUGCAGAGUUUGCAAAAUACAAUUGCUCAAUUUACAAGUAUUGGUUGUACAUCAAAAGAGCUUUCAGGAUCUGAAGAUGGUAGUCACAUUUUUGAGGCAAUUGGAUUGCUGAUUGGGAUGGAAGAUGUACCACCAGAAAAGCAAUCUGAUUACCUUUCAGCAUUGCUCACUCCUCUUUGUCAGCAGGUUGAAGCUCUGCUCUUAAAUGCCAAAGGACACAAUUUAGAAGACUCUUCUGCAAAGAUUGCAAAUAUCCAGCUAAUCAUCAUGGCAAUUAAUGCCCUUAGCAAGGGCUUCAGCGAGCGUCUUGUGACUGCUAGUCGACCUGCAAUUGGUCUCAUGUUCAAGCAGACAUUGGAUGUUCUCCUUCAAAUUCUUGUUGUAUUUCCAAAGACAGAAUCCUUGCGGUUUAAGGUCAAAUCAUUUAUUCACCGUAUGGUGGAUACUUUAGGAUCAUCUGUAUUUCCUUAUCUCCCAAAAUCAUUGAAGCAACUGCUUGCAGAAAGUGAGCCAAAAGAAAUGGUGGGUUUUCUGGUAUUAAUGAACCAGCUUAUCUGCAAAUUUAACACAGCAGUUCGUGACAUAUUGGAGGAAGUAUAUCCUGCUAUUGUUAGUAGGAUAUUUAAUGUUCUUCCAAGGGAUGUGAUUCCUUCAGGACCUGGAGGCAUUACUGAGGAAAUCCGUGAAUUACAAGAGCUUCAACGAACACUAUGCACAUUUCUCCACGUGGUAACAACACAUGAUCUGUCUUCAGUGUUCCUUUCUCCCAAAAGCAGGGGCUACUUGGAUCCAAUGAUGCAGUUUCUAUUGAACACAUCCUGUAAUCACAAGGAUACCCUUGCAAGAAAGGCAUGUGUACAGAUAUUUACUAGACUAAUUAAAGAUUGGUGCACCAGGCCUUAUGGCGAAGAGAAGGUACCUGGUUUCCAGAAAUUCGUUAUUGAGGCCUUCGCGAUUAAUUGUUGUCUAUACAGUGUGCUUGACAAGUCCUUCGAGUUCCGUGAUGCAAAUACUCUUGUUUUGUUUGGAGAGAUAGUGGUGGCUCAGAAGAUCAUGUACGAGAAAUUUGGCAAUGAUUUUCUUGGACAUUUUGUAUUGAAAGGUUUCACAGAUGCACAUUGCCCUCAACAUUUGGCAGAGCAAUAUUGUCAAAAGUUGCAGGGUAAUGAUAUCAAGGCGCUGAAGUCAUUCUAUCUGUCACUAAUUGAAAAUUUGAGACUCCAGCAGAAUGGAAGCCUUGUAUUCAGAUAGCAUUGUCAGAAUAUAUAGACACGAUCAUUAUGAUUGCUAAACGGUUCACAUGUUUUUCUACUGCAACCAGUUGUGGCAAUUUGUUUUUGUUCGACCAUAGGGUUUUCCUCUGUGUGUAAAUAACUUGUGUGGGCUUAUUCCAUAGCCAGUGAGUUCAGCAGGUGUAAAUUGGCGGAAGCUGUUUAUUAUUACGAUCGGGUUUUUGGUGCCAAGUAUAAUGUCAAAGGUCUCAGCGAGAGCGAUUGUCUAUAUCAUUUUUUCUUCUUCUUCUUUUUUUUUUUUUUUUUUUGAUAAUUUCCUGUUUAAUUCAGUUUUUUGCCCCUCAUUUUUUUGUGUCAAAAUAUUUCUCCAGUUUUUAAAGGUUGAGGAUGACGAAAUUAUGUCUCCUAUUCUGUAGGCAGAUGACUUUUGUUUUGUUUUCUUACUGUGCGAUACGAGGAGGAAUGAAUUGAGGGGAAAAAAAGAAAGAAGAGAAAAAAAAAAAAUUAAGAGAAGCAAGUUUUGAGGUUGUUAAUGGAACCACAUUUAGAAAGGGGUUACUUGAUGUAGUUUUAUUUGAAGAAUGAAUAUUGAGCCAACAUUUGGUUUUAUGCUCAUUAGCUAUAUAUAUCAUGACACAGCUUCCAUUUUCAA